AUGAUUAAAUACAUUCAAUGCAACCUGAACCACUGCAAAGUGGCUCAGGACCUGCUCCGGCAGCAUGUGGCCGAGCAGCGCGUGGAGGUUGUGCUCAUCACCGACCCCUAUUCUGCUCCCGAAAUAGCAACUUCAUGGUUCACCAGCUCUGGAACCCAGAGAGCAGCCAUUUGGCUCGUAGGCAACGCAGUCACCGCAGCCGAAAUCCACAGAGAUCCAGAGUUCGUGUCCGCUCGCAUCAACGGAGUCCAGACUUUUAGCUGCUACGCUUCACCCAACAAGUCUCGGGCCGAGUUUGAAGACCUCCUGCGGAGAUUGGAACACAAGGUCAGAGCCGUCGAACCAGGGGUCCCAGUACUCAUAACAGGAGAUUUCAAUGCGCGGUCAGCGGCAUGGGGAGACUGGUGCCGCGAUACCCGAGGAGAAGAUCUGAGCACGCUGCUUAACUCUCUUGGACUGCAGGUCCUAAACGAGGGAUCAAAGCCAACCUUUGUGGGCAUAGGUAGAGGCUCUAUAGUAGACAUCACUGCCGUGUCCGAGUCCCUUGUGAGACGCGUCUCUGGAUGGCGCGUGUGCGACGAGGUGGAAAGCAUGUCUGACCAUCAGUACAUCGCGUUUCAAAUAGAGGAUACUAGAACCAGAGCGCCCGCAAUCAGAAACGAGCCGAGGGGCUGGAAGACCGAAGGCGAGAUUAGCAGCCAAGACAUGGAAAUAGGACUUCUUCUGGCGAGGUGGACCAGCGAUCCCACCCUGUUUGCGACAUCUGCCAAUGCCGAACAACGAGCCCAGGCCGUACACGAGUCCAUCACUAAGGCCUGCGACUUCACCCUCAAGCGCAUGGUUCCUAACCCUACGGGGAAACCUCCGGCUCACUGGUGGAACGAAGAAAUUGCCUCCGAGCGAAGAAAAUGCGUGGCGGCGAAGCGAACCAAAACCAGAUGUGCCUCAAAACUCCACCGCAACCGCGCACGUGGACAAUACUCUGCUAUUGAAGAGGAAACUGCAAUCACCGCGAACUCCGCCUAUAAGGAAGCCAGGAAAGGACUGAAAAUCGCCAUCGCGCAGAGCAAAAAGAACUGUUGGAACGAAUUACUAGAAACAAUCGACAAUGACCCAUGGGGAAAACCCUACAAGCUGGUCGCUCGAAGACUACGCGGUCCUCCCGCAACAAGCAACAUGGAACUCGAAUCAGUACGACGAAUCACGGAAACACUCUUCCCCGUCCAUCCCCCGAUGACGAUGCAAACUCUCGAAGUAAAUGAGACGCCUCCACCCUUCACAACAGAGGAGGUUAACAAAGCGGUUGAAAGAAUCAAGCGGAAAAACACCGCCCCAGGUAUGGACAACAUAAAUGGAAAAAUAAUUAGCGUUGUUCACCAGGUAUGCCCGUCCAUGCUACUGGGAAUGUUUAACCAGUGCAUAAAAGAAGGAGUGAUCCCUUCCGGCUGGAAGAGAGCCCGCGUCAUCCUCCUAAAGAAGGGCAACAAACCAGAUGGGGAGCCUGCUUCAUACAGACCUAUCUGCCUCCUGAACGUGGUAGGUAAAGUAUUCGAGUCCCUGUUGGUGGCAAGGCUACACGAACACAUUGCCGGUAGAGGCGGAUUGUCCCGUAACCAGUUUGGUUUUACCAAGCAGCUGUCCACGGACGACGCGGUGAGGAAACUCCAGAGUACGAUCCUAACGGAAAUAAAUUUCCCAUCGUCAAAGUUCUGCGUGGCAAUCAGCCUGGAUAUCAAGAAUGCCUUUAACUCCAUCGGCUGGAACGAGGUCAUGCUAGCACUAAGCCAGGCCGAAACCCCCAUGUACCUGAAAAGAGUCUUCCAGGACUACUUUUCCGGGAGGUCAGCCGAAACCUCGGCUGGAGACCAAAAAGUGGAGAUUCAGGUGUCGAGUGGCGUUCCGCAAGGCUCUGUCGUCGGCCCGCUUCUCUGGAACCUCGCCUAUGAUCGGAUUCUCCAACUCCAACUCCCGCGGGGGUCCAGACUGAUCGGCUUCGCCGACGACACCUUAGUCGUAUGCUCGGGGAAAACCAUACCAGAGCUGGAAACAAUAGCCAACGAGACGCUCUCUUUGGUUUCCAAUGAGAUCCGGAACAUGGGACUGUCACUGGCGGUACACAAAACCGAGGCGGUCGUGUUCUCCAACAAAUACAAGUAUGAAACCCCAAGGCUGAUACUUAACGGGCAAACCAUCCAGCCGAAGGACAAGAUGAAAUACCUGGGGAUGAUAGUGGAGCGCGGCCUACUCUUCAAGGACCACAUUGUCGAAGCCGCAUCUAAGGCGGAAAAAAUGUCAAGCGCCCUAGGGAGACUUAUGCCCAACAUCGGAGGCCCAAAAGAGUCCAGAAGGAAGCUUCUGUUAUCAGUAACGACGUCGAUUCUCCUCUACGGAGCACCAUCAUGGGCGGAGACAAUGUCCCUGGUCCCGAGAAACAAGUCACUGGUAAAUGGCGUGCAGCGAAAGGCACUACUCCGAAGCAUCUGUGGCUACCGAACAGUUUCGGAAACAGCAACAAGCAUCCUGGCUGGCACGCCGCCUGCCGACUUACUGGCGGAGGAACGCAGUGCCACGUUCAGCGAAAGGAGGUCUGGAGUACGCAGUGAGUUCUCUCCCCGCGCCUCCACAAUGGCGAAGUGGAAAGCCCGCAUCGCCGAGUCUAUAUCCGGUGAAUGGAGCAAACGGUUAAUCCCCGAUGUUGAAAGGUGGUGCCUCGGCAAACAAGGGGACCUAGACUUUCAUUUAACCCAAAUCCUUUCUGGACAUGGUUGCUUUGGAGUCUACCUCCACAGAAUCGGCAAAGAGGAGUCAGACGCAUGCCACCACUGCAACGCAUGCCGCGACAGCGCAGAACACACGUUGGUCGAAUGCCCGGCAUGGGUCGAGGAGAGGCUGCAGUUGGCACGCGCGACUGGUGGAACGGUAUCAGUAGACAACCUCGUGCCUGCCAUGCUGUCCUCUCAUGCAAACUGGCAGGCCGUCAAAGACUUUGCCAGAGCGGUGAUGAGUAAGAAAGAGUCUGACGAAAGAGACAGGGAGCGUCCAGGUGGACCAAGACCAAGGAGGGUUUAG